AUGAGUUCCAAGAAGAACCUGGCAAGCAUGAGUUCCAAGAAGAACCCGGCCAGCAAUAGUGACAGCUCGGAAACCGAAACAGAGUCUGAGAGCAAUCUGACCAACGGUGGAAAAAGUGCAGGAUCCAGGGAUGGGAAGGAGGAGUCUAGUAAAGAGAAUGCCUCUGAUGAAUCCAAGGUAGAGGAUGCCGCACAGCUCACCAACAUUGCCACUCCAUUAGCUUCUGGAGGUUCAGGAGGUCAUUCAGCUACGACCAAGGACACCCCAGUGCUCCUGGAAAGCGAACACGAAGAACCUCAGCAGUCAUCGACCAAGCUCGGAUCUGCCAAAAGAAGCUCAGACAAGAAGCAGAGAGCGAGUGGCAGAAAGCGGAAGCCAGACACUGUCACCGCUGCAUCCGCUUCUCUCUUCAGCGACGAUGUAGGAUUUCUUCCAAAAGGGCAGCUUUAA